AUGUCCGAUGACAAAGAUAAUAGUCAUGACACUGAUUCAGGGGCCAAGGCUUCUAAAAUAGAAAGAUUGAAAAGGUUAAAAGCUUUGAAAAGCAAAGUGAAAAAAUCCAAUGUUGAAAAUUUAAGAGAUGAAGCAUUAGGUAGGAAACUUAAGAGUGAAGAAUUGAGACAAAAGUUAAGAGAAGACCUUCAACCUGAAGAGAAAGUUGAAAGAAAAUCUAAAUUAUUGUCUUAUUCCAUAGAAGAAACAAACCAGUGGAUAUCUAAACAAAAAGACAAACAAUCAGGAUUUGAUAAUUUCGAUGACCUUGCUUUGAAAACGUAUAACAAAGAAAUUAGUGAAUUGAACAUAGAUAAAGAUUUACAUGAUACCAAGAAAAAAGACAAUCAGUUAAUUAAUCAACAGAAACCUACAGAAGAACAAAUAGACAAUAUGAAGCUGAUUAUGAAAUUGAAUCAAGAUAAAAGAAAACGAAAGCUUGGAGAUUCUGGAGUAUACAUCAACCAAGAUAAUAGGAAGUUUAAUGAAAAGUUGGAUAAACAGUAUCGAUAA